UACGGGAGUCGGAUUUGGCAAAUCCGACUAGGGAAGGAAUGACAAUAAUUAUAAAGUGGUCUAAACACUUUAUUACUAAUACUGCAGAUAAGAGUAAUAGAGUAAGGGAAGGAAUGACAAUAAUUUUUUUCCCAUUCUCCUCAAUUCAACGUGAUCCUUUUAUUUAUACGCUAAAUGUGACUCUUUGAAAAGAGACAAUUUUUCAUUUCAAAACCAACUUUUGAGUUUUGAUCGCCACAAUGUCAUUCACUCGAGCAUUUUUUUUCGCACACCAUUUUUGCACAAUUAUUGAAAUCAAGACCUUUGAACUGCUCUGGCCAUUUUUCAAGCAGUUUGGAUUUUCCUCAAUUUCACACAAGCCAGAUUUCAGGAAACAAAUAUAAACAAAAACAAAUUUUUAUCAUCCCUUCACGGGUAAGCUCCUCCUCCCCUAUUCAGAUCCGCUUUUUCACUGGUAAGCUCCCCCUCCCCUAUUAUCACUUCACUUCACUUCACUUCACUUCACUGGUAAGCUGUGGCCUUUCAGACCCGCUUCUUCCCUCCCCGGAUCCAAAACAAGGUAAAUUACUCAGAGUGGGUGGCGCCCGGAGGGAGGGGUCGCUGCUGGGACGGAGUGCAGAAAGCAAUAAGCUGAGGUCCUCGCUGCUCGGACGGAGUGGGGAGGAGGCCGCCGAGAUGGUUGCUGAGCAAAAAUAUGAUUUGGAGGGCAAGGAAAGACGAAGAUCGAGGGACAGGUGCAGGGCCGGCCGGUGCUGAGCUUGUUGUCGCAGGUGACUGUCCGCCUGGACACAUACGUAACGGAAGCUUUACAGCUUAUUUUUUUCCCACACCGAAACGGAGAACUUAAAGUCUCGCCUGGCAUGCUUAUAAAUGUAAGUGUACAGUUGCUCCCAAAUGCACCCAAACUUUGGGACUCGGGGCUUCUCAGUCCUGUCCCGCUGGGUUGGGCUGGCAACCCCUUUGGGGCCGGCCCUUAGGUUAGGGCGCCGCUUAGGGCGCCGUUAGGUUUAGGUUUUAGGUAGGUAGGUUUAGGGCGCUGCUUAGGGCGCCGUUAGGCUUAGGUUAGGGCGUCGCUUAUGGCGCCGUGAGGCUUAGGUUUUAGGUAGGUAGGUUUAGGGCGCUGCUUAGGGCUCCGUUAGGCUUAGGUUAGGGCGUCGCUUAUGGCGCCGUUAGGCUUAGGCUUAGGCUAGGCUCAGAAGAAUUAAUGAUGGAUGAACUCAUGAAAGUUAAACCGUGGGCAAGUCGUGGUUUGACUUAUCAGUUAAUUAUCAGGGUUAAGGUUUUGUGGGGUUUUUCUAGAUUGACCGGCCUGAAAGGGAAAAAGAAUUAAUGAAGGAUGAACUCAUGAAAGUUAAAUUUUAAGGAACGGGAAAGAAAGAAAGGGAAAAGGAACGGGAAAGAAAGAAAGGGAAAAGGAACAAAGAAAGAAAGAAGGGAAAUGGAACGGGGAAGGGAAAGAAAGGGAAAAGGAACAGGGAAGGGAAAGAAAGGGAACGGGGAAGGAAAGAGGGAAAGGGAAAUGGAAAAGGAACGGGGAAGGAAAGAAAGGGAAAGGAAUAUUAACAAGUAAUUAAUAAGCAAGUAUAAUAAUAAAAAUAAUAAUAUACUAGGAUAAGUUGUACUACGUACUUCUCAUCAGACUAAGUGGUAAGGGUCUGUUUGGAAUCUGAAAUACUACAGGGGGAAGGAGGUAAAACACAGAUUAAUAUAUCUAAAAUGAAAGAAAAAUUAGGGGAGAAUAAAAGAUAUAUAUUGUAUUUAAAUUAGUCGAUAAUCUAUUACAUAAAGAAUAAGAAAUCUAAAUGCUUGUCAUUUGUCAAAAAAUCGUUAGAAAAAGGUAUUCAUAUUUCAUUUUCCUUCACAUUCUUUUCUUUUCCUAGCAUUGCUUGUGGUCCCAUGUAUUUCCAUAUAACUUUUGGCUCUGCUGUCAUGAAUGGCUUUGUUUAAAUUUGGACAAUGUAAAUAUAUGUACACAGUAAUACUGAACUUUGUUUCUUUUAGACUUUCUGCUUAGCUAGAAAGAGAUGCAAGUGCUUUCAAGUAUUAAUUUAUUUGUUUGGCUUUCUUAGUCUCUAUGCACGGGGUGUUAAAAAUAGACAAGUGAAAUGAGAUUGAACUAAUGUAUAAAUAAGUUUACUGAGUUUCAAUCAAUGUUAUCCCCCCAUCACACUUUCUUUUGUUUCAAUCUUUUCUAUAGCCCUUCCUAUCUCUUUCCCAUAGUAUUACGAUUGUUUUUCGACAGUUUCCAAACCGCGCCUUAAGAAACUCUAAUGGAGCCUUUAUAACGCCUUUUUUCUCAUUUAAAAAGUGAUGUUUCUGCAUUUCCCAUUUCACACUUCCUCGCCACCUAGCAGUGUACAUUAACAGAACUUGAAUGAAAAGUUACACUCAUAGCAUUUGAGUACACUGUGUACGUGUAACCAAAUAAAUGGUCGUUAUGCUGUAACGGAUUUUUUGGUGGUUUACCAUGACCUACCCUUUCAGGAUGAUCCAAAUACAAAUGCUGGGUGAGGUUCAAAUUUGACUGAGGGUAAUGUGGAAUGUGAUGCAAGCAUAAUGGAUGGUGAUUCUGGAGCAUUUGGUGCUGUAGGGGCAGUGCCAGUUAAUUAUUGGCAGGUGUUAGAAAUGCCAUCCAGAUUGCUGCAUUAUUUAUUAGCCAAGGACCAGCUUUCCGGUUCAACACUGCUGGGUCGGAUAUCCCCCAUGUUUUUGGUUGGUGAAGGUGCACGAGCAUGGGCAAAAUCUAAAGGUGUUGUUCUACCAGGAACAAUAAAAGAAGCUGACAAGGUCUGAUUGGAUGAUAUGCCAUGAAUGACAGGCUGUUUAGGGUUCUACCUCCCGAAGCAUUCUCUUAUCAGUGUGGUUUAGACACGAGAAAAAGUAAGAGAUGUGCUUGCAAGAACUGGUCCAAUUUUGGCAGGUCCAGGGGAAAGUGAGGCCACCAGUGGAUGGUGGAGGGCAUUCCCUGGGUGGGGGGUAGGAGGACGUGCCCAUCUUCUAAUGUAGCCGCAGGCCCGCAGCACUCGGAUCUUGCCUAGGAACGGAAGGACCAAUGAUGACACUCACUCCGCCAUCUAAGGGUCUUAUGAUACUCAGCAAAAGGAAAUCCUGGCAGAUAGAUGGCCAUGAAGGAGCGAUGUGCCCUGGAGAAUUACUAAAGCUUUUCUGUGAAUGGCGGUUAAAUUAAAAGGAAGGAGAAGCACCUCCCGGACUCCCUUUGAGAGGUGCUGGUCAGGAUUCUGACGCACAGCCAAAGGUUUCUAAUGGCGAUCUUCCUAAUCCGUGUGGUGCACUAUUUGAUUAACUCUGGGAGGUAACGAAGCAGAGAAUACGGAAAGCAUCCAUAUGUGGGGAACUGCCUGGGCUGGGACUUGUGGUCUGUAUUGUUGUUGAGGUAAAUUAGCAUCUCACUCAUGCAAUAGGCACUUAUAAGAAAGCAAGAAGAAAAAAGGGGUGAACAAGAAAAGACAGUUGAAGGUAAGACAAGUGGCAACAACUUAUAUUCCAUGGUCACCGAAUUGUAGAUGGACUAGAUGCCAUAACCUGUAUAAGUAGAAAAUGGGAGCAGAGGGGUUGAACAAGGAAGAGAGGAAGAAGACGGAACCAGAAGAAGAUGAAGGGUAAGGAGAUAUCGAAAUGUAAAAGAAAAAUCAACUCGGUUUAACUAUUAAUGAUUUUUUUGACAGAAAAUUACAGUAAACUUAGCUUGCUGACAGUUAGACAAGAUUUAUUUGCAUUGCCCCACUAUGUUGAGUUUGAGUAUCUUUUCUGCAUCAUGGUUUUGAAUUUCAGGGUUGCUCUCUCUAUGUAUUGCAUUUGAUCAUACCUUGGUUCUCUGGAUUACUCCAUUUCAUAGUUCACAUGUGUUACGAUGGUUUGAUAAUAAAUGAGAAAAAGAUGGAAGAGGAAGAUGGAAGACAAAGAGGGAGAAGAGGGAAGGGGAUUACUCCAUUAAAAACCAUUGCUUGUAUGCAAUUUGAGUUUGUGUGGGCCAGAUCCUGGGGUGAAGGGAGCAGGGGGGCAGUCCACGGGGAAAUGGGGGCAGUUCCUGGGGAAAGUGGAGGGGAGAGCAGGCCCUGGGGAAAGUGCGGCAAACCAGUGGAUAGUGGAGGGCAUCCCAUGGGCGGGGCGGGGGGCAUGCCUAGUUUCUGAUGCAGCUGCAACACUCGGAACAUGGCUAAGAAUGGAAGGACUAAAAAUAAAAGAAAAGAACUUGUUAGGAGAAGAUAUAAAGCAGAAGAAGAAAAUAAGAGAUAAAGGUAUCAAUUUUUUUAAUGAAAAGAUAGAAUUAGAGCAAGAACAAACAGACAACACCGAAAAAUAUAGAAAAUUAGAAAGAAUGAAAAAUUGAAUUAAACAAGAGGAUGAAGACAGAAAGAAGAAACGUGCGCCAUUCAAAAAUAAGUUGAGAAGCAUUUCCCAGCACAGGCGUGACAAGCGUGCGUCUCAGCUCUUCUUGCGCUUGAGGAAUUAUAAGGUGCUACGCAUGUUUAGCGCCAUUCAAAUAAUAGGUCAAAACAACUUAAACCCAUGUUAAACCCUUCUAAGUCACGGUAAAAGCCUUCUAUCGCGCGUCUUCAUCAUUACUCUCCUAUGCUCUACUCGUGCAACCUGUUCAGCGCUGCAACCACAUCCAACGAAUCAACGAUCAACCCAUUGAAGCUAGCAACUCUUAAGGUUUCUUCUUCCUCAUCAUCUUCCCAUGUUCUUUCUUCUUUCUUUUUCAGAUUGUAGUCAACUCUUAAGGUUUCUUCUUCCUCAUCAUCUUCCCAUGUUCUUUCUUCUUUCUUUUUCAGAUUGUAGUUUUCAUUUAUUUUACCAUCUUCUUGUUGAUCCUUUCUUUUUAUUCUUUCAGUCUAUCUUCUCUCUUUACUUUUACCACUUGCAGUCAUCUAUGCGUACUUUAUAGUUCUCUUUAAACACUUUAUGGUUCUCUUUGCUUCAUCUUAUUAUACAGUCUAUAACUUUAUAUCUUCUUAUCAUCAUUUCAUUUUUUAAUUGUAUAAAACUUCAUGUAAUCUAACUCGGUUAAUAGUUUAACACACUACAAUUUAUGCUACCCGUAGUCCUCAUUUUGCAAAAUCAGCCAAAACAGACCCUGCUCGGUGUUUUGUUUAUGUGAACCAUCCAACCAUGACUUUUUUCUGUGGAUUGUUACUUUGUUAUUGAGAAACAUGACUUUUUAAUGCAUUUAGUUCGAUAUGAUGUUGAAUAUGUCAUUUUUGAUCACUCUAGAAUAGUAUACAUAAUAUUUUCUAAAUAGUGAGCUUGACAUGAGUUAGACAAGUGUUUUUUUGCGCCUUGGGCCUCAAAAGUACUCUAGCGCGUUUUUGACUACCUCGGGGCGGACAGAGUAUGGGAAAAGGGCGAAGCAAGAAAAAAGGAGUAGAAAGGGGAAGAAGAAGGGAGGAAAGGGAGUAUGGGAAAGGGGAAGAAAGGAAAAAUGAGUAGACAGGGGAAGACAAAGGGGGGAAAAGGAAGAAAGCUUAUUAAGUAAUUAUAUUAUUAGGUAAUAUUAUAUGUUAUUAUUAAGUACAUUUGUUACAAUAUUGUAUUAUAAUGUUAUAUUUUAUUAAAAAAUGAUACAUUCUUAUAUUUUAUUUUUCGUUGUUAUACAACAACAUCCAAGCCUUAUUCCCAAAAGAUUUUGGUGUACUUUCCGUUAUUAUAGUAUAAAUAAAUAUUAUAUUUGGCAAAACUAAGUAUAUACACCUUGCAGGUCUGAUUGGAUGAUAUGUCAUGAAUGACAGGCUGUUUAGGGUUCUACCUCCGAAGCAUUCCCUUAUCAGUGUGGUUUAGACACGAGAAAAAGGUAUUGAUUCAUCUUUUGGAUCAAGUAAGAGAUGUGCUUGCAAGAACUGGUCCAAUUUUGUUAGGCCCAGGGGAAAGUGGGGCCACCAGUGGAUGGUGUAGGGCAUUCCCUGGGUGGGGGGUAGGAGGACAUGCCCAUCUUCGAAUGUAGCCGCAGGCCCGCAGCACUCAAUCUUGCCUAGGAACGGAAGGACCAAUGAUGACAAUCACUCCGCCAUCUAAGGGUCGAUUCCCUUUAAGACAUGUCCAUCUGUAAUGUUUGGUUAUGAUAUGCUUAGAAGGAAGUUGAAAGGGGAGGGAUUAGGAGAAAGGGGGGAGCAAGGAAAAAGGAGCAGAAAGGGGAAGAAGAAGUGGGGAGAGGUGAAGAAAGGAAAUAUGAGUAGAUAAGGGAAGAAGAAGGGGGCAGGGAAGAUAGAUCAAAUUAAAGUUAUAGUGAAGGAAGCAGAUAUGAGGAUUAUACAUAUAUACUUUUAAAAUCUAGUAGAUAUCAAUAAAUUUUGUUGAUCUUUGUGCACCGGCCCAGUUGAUCUCCGAUCGCUGAAUAAAAGGAAAUAGCAGCUUCUUCAUUGGGUAGUUAUCUAUAAUAUAGAGCCUGUUUGCUUAGGGUUAUCCUCUGAAUUUUCUGUAAGAAAAAAGUGUCUGGCAAAACAACACCUUCGAGAAACAAACAGAGCCUAAUUUUUAUCCAUGUUUCACCACACAGAAUUCAUUAUCUGCUUGAAUUCAAUUUUUCAUCCAAAUCUAGAAUUACAUGUGAUGGAUAGUCUACCCGGGGUAUAUAUCCGAAGGGUUACUACGGGGAGUAACUUAGAGAGAAGUCAGAGCAAGUAAGUAAGAGAGAGAGUGUAUAUUCGGUAUGUAUUAAGCGUUUUCAGCGUGGUUACAAAUGGGGAAAUGUGGUGCUAUUUAUAGUAGCAAUAAAUGCCGGGCAGGGACACGUGUCAAGCGCUCAUUGGUCGAGGGGUCACCUCAACUGGUUGGCGCUGGCAGCCGCAUGUGGCCGCAUUUAAUGCGGCUGUUGGAUGGGACGUCUGUGCAGAGUACGGUGAUCUGUACGCAUGUGAGGCGGAUAUCUUGUCGAGCGAGAUGCCUUCGGCUAUAGAGCAGUAGCCGAGGGCUCUUCCUCCCGAUGGCACCCCUGGUGCCGAGGGCUCACAGUGCCGAGGGCUACUGUUUUAGUCGUUUUCUCCCGAUUUCUUAGUUUGCUUGAGAAAACCCGUUCUGUGAGAAUUUGGAGCCUUCGGCCAGGGGGCCGAAGGCACCCCUGCGCGUUGUGCAGACUGCUUGGUACUCCGGGCGCUGUGAAUUGGGCCUUCUGGGCCUGUUGGGCCUUUGCUGGAGUAGUGGGAGUCUGUGGGUCGGGGGUUCCCCGGGCCAUAUACUCCAUCAGGAGUCCCUCACUCCUUUUGCCGAAAGGUACUUGAGGGAAAAGGAGUAAUUUGUGCUCGCCCCUUGAUGUUAUCCCGUUGUGAUCUCUGAAGUUGGUGAGGAGUUGUUGCUUUUAUGUCCCUGGCGAAGGCAGUCCCUCAGUUACCCACAUGUCGGGACUUGAGGGCUUGCUUUGUUGUUUGUUGGAAUUUCACAGAUUUUGUAAUUUAAUGAUUUUCCUGAAGGGGUCCUCCAGUCCCCCACUCCUUGAGGCACUUGUAAAGUGGUGAAAAGGAGUGAAGUAGUUAUGUUGCUGUUGUGGGCCGAAGGCUGACGCUCUUCGUUUCAUUUUGGGGGAUGCCUCGUUAAAAACCUCAUUAGGAAAAACCCUUUGGGAAAAAAUCUUAAUGAGGGAAAAAGAGUGCACCGAAUUCCCCCAAUGAUGAAGCGAAAAUGUCAAACCUUGGCAAAAAUGGAGAAUGGCGGGAAUGCCGAAGGCUCUCUCUUCUGAGGGCUCCUGUGUUGAUUAGCCGAAGGCUUGCUGUUGAUGUCCUGGUGGUGCUGAAGGGGAGCCCCUCAAUCCAGGGACCGAGGGCCUGCCAGAUGAGGGCAGCAGUGAAGUUGUUACCGGGGGGCCCACUGUUUGUUGAUGAGUUGGUGAUGAAGAUACCCGAGGGCUCCCAUUACCUGUGUGCCAUGGGCCAUCCGUCAAUGAGGCACUCCCCGGGGGCUACCCGGUUUUGUAGUGCUGAGGGGGAAGCCCCGAGGUGUGCCCUGAUAUGCAGCCCUAGGAUCUGAAGGGGUGAUCCCGAAGGCUUAUGUAAUGUGCUGUGUGGGGCACAACCCGGGGGCACUUCUGGGUGAGUGCACCCGGAGGCUAUCUUUGAUGGAGUGGAGUGAAGUACAAAACCCGGGGGCUUCCAAAAUAUAGUCGUUGGAAAUAUGGCCGUUGGAAUAUGUAACGACAGGAUAUAGCCGUUGGGGGGGGGGGGGGUGGCACACGUGGCAUGUGAAGGCUGGUUGUCCGUGGGCGGCGUCACCGGUUGGGUGAAACGGCGGUGUGUAAUGAUGGCGUCCAUCCGGAGGCCCGGAAUCCAGGCCCAAGCCCGGAUUCAUCGCCUAUAAAUACCUCAAGGCCAGGCGUUCCUCCGUGUGCGAUAAACUUGUUAGCGAAGCUCUGUCAAUUUUUCUAGAGAGAGAAAGUUCAGCCUUCGGUCAAAACUCAGCUUCCGAGGUCAGUGCUCCCUGCCUUUCUCCUUCUAACAUAGCUGUACUGUGCCCUUAGUUUAGGAGAUAGAAUUCACUAGGAACCUUAGUUCCCCCGAACCCUCGAGCUAGAGUGUAGAAUGUCGUCCCAGAGUGACUCUCAGGACAUCUCGAGGACGCCCUCGAUGGAGGACGAAGGCAUCUCCGACGUGGAGUCCAGCAGCAGUCAGCCCUCGGAUGGUGGUGAUGUAGCCCUCGCCACUGAGGUGCAGAAGGAUCUGACGGCCGAGGCCGAGGCGGAGGAAUUCGAGCGGACCGCGGAAGAUGAGGAGUUAGUCCUCGCCGUCCAGGUUGCUGAGGAGGAAGAAGAAAAGGAGAGGGCGAAGGUCACUGUGGCCGUCCUUCCCCCUCGGGGUGCUGGUGAGGCCAGUACCUCCCGGCCGUUGAACGCAGUUCCCCUCCGGGUGGCCCCCGGGAUGAAGAAGAGAAAGACGAAGGCCGCCCCUCAGAAGAAAACAAAGACCGUCGAUCAGGGGGGGCCAGUUGAUCUACCGGAGGGUUAUUCCUUCCUGGACACCGCCGCUCUGGAGAUCAAGUCCCAAGCUGACAGGGCGGACAUCUAUAUCACCCAAUUGCAUGUAGGGCCCUCAGCCGUGGUAGUCGAGCCAGGUCCCGAUGACGUGCUGUCGCGGCCCCCCGAGGGAUGUAUAGCCGUGCACGUGCUUUCGGUCUCAAUGGGCCUCCGGUUCCCUCUCCAUCCGUUCCUCCGGGAGUACCUGAGGUACACCGGCCUGGCCCCCUGCCAAUUGACUCCCAACAGCCACUCGUACAUAACGGGGUUUGUGAACCUGUGCAAACUCCGGAAGGUUACACCGAGCCUGGAGUUAUUCUUCCAAAGCUUCAACCUAUGCCGGGGGGGACAUACAAAUGCUGAGGGCUAUGCGAACUUACAACAGAUAGCCCAGUUCAAGCUGUUCACUGAGGCCCCCUCUUCCAACAAGGGGUGGAGAGAGCGAUGGUGCUUCAUCAGACUGGCCGACAGCCCGUUCCCGAGGGAGUUGCGGAAUUGCUUUCGGCGCCAUGUGAAGGCCAAGAGUGCCGCCCUCGAGAAGGAUGGCCUGAAGAUUGCAAAGAUUCCCGAGGGUCGGGAAAAGAACGUAACCAUCAAGGAGUGCACCCUCGAGGAGGACCUGUAUACCCUCGGAUUCCUGAUGUAUCGGUUCAUUGGGGAGACCGAUGAGAAAUAUCCCCUCUACGAUAAAGCCUUCGUGGGAGCAGGAGGUAGUGGCCGGGGGCUUUACAUUUUCGUACUUAGAGAUUUUUUUGUUAUGUUUGUUGUCAUGUGUUUGACCCCUCGGUUCUAACCUUUCAACUUGUUGCUGUCGUUCUUUGCAGGUAGCAGGAUGAAUGCCAACGCCUUGUUCGCGAAGAGGAAGGGCAAGACCCAGCAAAAGGAGAAGGGGCCCUCGGGCCAGAAGCCAGUUGACGCGCUUUUCCCGAAGGCCAUAGAGCCUUCCGCCGGGAACGCCCAUGCUGUUGUGGGGACCGGGGGGUCGAAGGCCGAGGCGGCCGCUAAGAAGAAGAGGAGCGACAAGGGGGUGGAGCCCCCUACCAAGAAGCAGAAAGGCGCCGGGGGUGCUGUCGGGGGGGCGGCCCCCCUCAUAGUUAUUGAUGACAUGCCAGCUGCUGGUGAGCCUCUGGCCUCGGUCCCCCCGAAGGAUCCGGUAAAUCCCCCCCGGGCGGAAUCACCCCGGGAGAUCCGUCAGCUCUCCUUUGCCCCCGACGCGUAGUUGAUGCACGGCACUGCCGAGCCGAAGGCCUUCCUGCGGGGCAUCACCUCGAAGAUGGACAGGGAAGUCUUCGAGACCUACGAUGACGAUGCCCUCGAGAACAGGAUCCUCCGGUCCUCGCUCACUGCCUGCAUAGCCCUCGGGGAACAGGCCCGGAGGCGUGAGGAAAGGCGUCUCCACGAGGCUGCCCAGGAUAAGAAGGUGGAGGGGCUGAUCCGUAAGAACUCUGAGGCAGUGAAGCAUGCUGCCCAGCUGGAGGAGGCCCUUCGGGAGGCGAAGGCGGCGGCGGAGAAGGCCAAGGCUGAUGGAAUAGCCAAAGGCAAGGCAGAGGCCGAGAGGGCCGCUGCCGAGGCGGCGAAGAAAGCCGCCGAUGAAGCCCAAACUGCUAAGGAGAGAGCUGCGGCCGAGGCCCGAGGGGAGGCAGUUGCGGAGUUCCUUGCUGAGGGCUGGAGGGCCGAGGGCCACAAGGAGUGGGUUGCCUCCGUGGUGGCAGCCUCGGUGGAUGCUUGGGUUGAAGUCCCCGGGGUAGACUGGCUGACCGAUAGGGGCGACGCCUACUAUCAGGGGGGUGAGUUCUUUACCCAGCACCUGAUAUACCGGAGGCUCGCCAGGCACUUCGGCGUAUCCCUCGAACAAUUUGACCCCUCGGUAUAUGGCCUCCCUCCGUUGCAACCAGAUGUUAGAGUUCCCCUCCCCCCGGGUGAAGAGCGGCCAACAAUCUAUGAUUCUGUGAUGAUGGGGGGUGACGGGGUUGGAGCCAUCGGGGGUGAUGCUGCCGGAGAAGAAGUCUCCUCCAAGGCUGUCGGGGAAGAUGCCCCCGGUGACAACGAGGCUGAAGCCGUCGAGAAGAUUAUCACUUAGUCAAAUCUUUUCUUUUUAAAAAAACCUUGUAAUGAAAUUUUUGUUGCCCCUCGGCCUUGGCCACACUCUGUAAUGAUCAUAUUGACUAUUUUUGUGUUGUAAUUGAAUGAUUGCCUUCGGGCUUGGUGUAUAUGAUAUGCUUCCUUCUGAUC